AUUCCCUCCUUUUAAACUGUACAUUCUUCGACCCACCUCUGGUAUUUGAUCAGCAACACCUAUGGCGACACCACAUUCUUUACCAUCCAACUCGCAGAGAAUAGCAACGCAGCUACCAUUCUCACCCAGUUCCUCUACCACCAACCCUGCUAUUCAACGCUUACAGAGCCAAAGCCGAGCACGCAGCGGAAGCACGACCAGCGCAUCUCAGCAUGCACGGUCGGGCUCGAUUGCGUCUGCCCGCUCCCGUACUCAAAAUGUUUUGGGAGUAAACGAGCUGUUCUCUUCACCUCCGCCCCUGCCUAUAUUCCAGCCCCGGACGGGGAGCGCUCCGUCGAACGGGACGGGUAUUCAGCCGUCUGCUGGUUUUUUCCACCCACAGAGACCGAACAAUGGCUCUUCUUCGCCGGUACAGUGGGUCCGACCGUCAAGUCCGGGCUCGAUCAUGUCGUCCGAUGUUUACCCAGCCGUCCCAGUGCACCUCGCCCCUUUCACUAGGCAAGAAACGGAGACAGAUGGAACUGACAGCAUUGGCCUUUCGUCCACAGAAGAUUUGAAUCAUAGCUCUAUCCGUACCCCGCCGAAGUCGCCGAAGUCGACAAAGCACAGUCGGGAGCCGCUGCUCCCCAUCGGAGCGAAGCCGAGGGAUUCGACCGCUACUUCACGUCCGUCUGGAUUGUCACUGGGACCAUAUGGAAGGAGCGAGAGUAAUCUGAGCGCGAGUGCAAGGGUGCGAGGGAGUUUCGACAAAUUGUUCAAACGCGGGCUAAGCUUCGAAAGCGGAAAGCGGCCGUCGCCGGUCAUCGCCAACGGGCCACCGUCAUCAAACAGCGCCGAGCCUCCAACAAAUUGCAUACCCCGCUCGCGCCAGGCAUCGCCAAUCACUCCGUCGGGCAACGGACACAUGACGUUCGAUCUGACCGCCCACGAUGACGACCACUCGCCUAUGUCGCCGCUCUCACGGUAUAAAGACGCGUCGAACCGACAGCAUGCGUCGACGCCAUCCCUUCACGAGCUUCCCUUUAAUCCUGUCCCUCCGGUUGACAUGAAGCCGCCGCUUGCGGAGACUCCGCGGGUAGAUGGUAAGACCGAAAAGACCUUGCAUAACUACCAGCUGCACCCCUCCCGCAACCGCUUUUUCCUGGGUGGACGGAUACUCACCGGUGGUGAUACACCCUGGGCAUUCAUCGCAUCGCUAACGGUUGUGCUCGGCAUUACCGGUAUCUGGUUCAGCACGACCUGUGUCUGGUGGUGGUUGAAUGAAAGCCCCGCGGUUGCGGGCGUGGGAGCGUACAUGUGUCUGUUGACCAUCUCAAGCAUGUUCGCCACGGCCUUCCGAGACCCCGGUAUUCUACCUCGCAAUCUGGACCCUGAUCCUCCUAUGGCAAGCACAGGUUCCGAGGACAGCGUGAGGCAACCGCUUCCCCGAGAUUUGAAAGUUCGCAAUGGAGUGGUGCGUGUCAAGUACUGUCCCACAUGUCGGACCUACCGGCCGCCACGCUCAAGCCAUUGCAAAAUGUGCGACAACUGCGUUGACGGCUGCGACCACCACUGUCAAUGGGUCAACAAUUGCGUCGGCAGACGUAAUUACACCACGUUCUUCUGUUUCCUGUUUUCCGCCGUUCUUACCCUGAUUUUGGUCAUCUGCACGACGGCGAUUCAUCUCUCGCUGCUGACUACGAGCAGGUUCGGGCUAUCAUUUGGUCAGGCGCUGGCCACUUCGGACGGGGUGGGCAGCGCGGUUGCCUUCAUGAUGUCCAUUCUGGUCGUCUGGCCUGUGACUGCGCUCCUGCUUUACCAUUCAAGGCUUCUCCUGCUGAACGUCACGACGAUCGAACAGAUCCGCAACCAGGCGCACAAGUCGCUCGUGCCAGGCGAGGCCCCGCCCAACCCGUUCUCGCACGGGAAUUGGCGGCGGAACCUGGUGUACGUGCUCUGCCGCCCGUCGGGCUACUCCUGGCUCGACUUCUCCGCUGUCGCCACGGAGGACAAGCGCGAGGUGAACCCGGGCGUGCUCUGGCGCGCCGAUGCGACGCUCGCGAUGGAGGAAGGACGCACACUUGCGAAGCACAAUUGAGGUUUGAGAGGUUCCUAAUUUAUGUUGUUGUUUUUCUUUGGAUCUCUGCACUGUCUAUACCUUGUUCACGUCUCUUCUGUUCCUUGAUUAUCGUAGUUGCAUCUUGCUAUUUCUCUUAUCUCACAGUAAAGUCUACACACCUAGAAAAAUAUACAUAUCA